CGGCGGCUCCGCGUGGGGCGGCCAGGGGGGAGCCGCGAUGCCGCGGGGGUGGGCGCCGCUGGCGCUCUGCUGCUGGGGGGCGCUGUGGGCCGCGGCGCGCGGCUCCGAGGACAUCGUGGUGGGCUGCGGGGGCUUCGUCAAGUCCGACGUGGAGAUCAACUACUCGCUGAUCGAGAUCAAGCUGUACACGAAGCACGGGACCCUGAAGUACCAGACGGACUGUGCGCCAAAUAACGGUUACUUCAUGAUCCCUCUGUAUGAUAAGGGGGAUUUUGUCCUCAAAAUCGAACCUCCGCAAGGGUGGACGUUUGAGCCAACAAGUGUGGAUCUCCACGUGGACGGUAUUAACGACAUUUGCACGAAAGGAGGCGACAUCAACUUUGUUUUUACCGGCUUUUCUGUCAGUGGGAAGGUUCUCAGCAAAGGCCAGACCCUGGGCCCGGCUGGAGUACUCGUGGCCCUGCGGAGUCCUGGGUCAGAGGUGAACAUACAGACCGCAUCCACCCAGCCUGGAGGAAAGUAUGCCUUUUCUAAAGUGCUCCCUGGAGAAUACGAGAUCUUUGCUUCUCAUCCCACCUGGGUGCUAAAACAAGUCAGCACGACGGUUCGAGUGACCAACUCCAACGCUCUCGCCUCCAGCCCUCUGGUGGUGGCCGGGUACAACGUCUCUGGAUCUGUCCGAAGCGACGGGGAGCCCAUGAAAGGCGUCCUGUUCCUCCUUUUUUCCUCUUCGGUGAACAAAGAGGACGUCAUGGGUUGCAACGCAUCUCCAGUGGACGGCUUUGCAGCAAAGGACAACUCGCUCACCUACCUCUGCAGCGUGAUUUCCAAGGAGGACGGCUCGUUCACGUUUCUGUCCUUACCCAGCGGGAAGUACACUGUGGUCCCCUUUUACAGGGGAGAGCGAAUUACAUUUGAUGUCGCUCCGUCUCGCUUGGAUUUUAUCGUGGAGCAUGACAGCUUGAAGAUUGAGCCGGUCUUCCAUGUCAUGGGCUUCUCGGUCACUGGCCGGGUUCUGAGCAGUCCUGAAGGUGAGGGUGUUGCAGACGCCACCGUCCUGCUGAAUAACCAAAUUAAAGUUACCACAAAAUCCGAUGGCUCCUUCCGCCUGGAAAAUAUAACCACUGGCACCUACACCAUUCACGCCCAGAAGGAGCAUCUCUUCUUUGAGACCAUCACGGUGAAGAUCGCCCCAAACACACCCCAGCUGGCCGACCUCAUCGCAGUGGAGUUCAGCGUCUGUGGCCAGAUCGCAAUAACUCGCUUCCCCGACUCUGUGAAGCAGUUCGGCAAGUAUAAAGUGACCAUGUGGCCGCAGGACAAGGACAGGGCGCAGCUGCUUACGACUGAGACUGAUGCUCGCGGGACCUUCUGCUUCAGGGCGAAAUCUGGUGCUUACGUCGUUCAGGGAAUCGUUCCAGAGGUAGAAGCCAGAGCAGGGCUUGCUUUGAAGCCCAAAACGUUUCCUGUGACUGUAGCUUCCAAGCCGGUGCUGGAUGUGAUCUUCUCCCAAUUCCUGGCCUCAGUUUCGGGGAAAAUUACUUGCCUGGAUGCGUGUGGCGAACUGACAGUGACUCUUCAGUCCUUGAACCGGCAGGGAGAAAAGCGCAGUCUCCAACUUGCGUCGAAGUCGAACUCUCUGACUUUCAUGUUUGAGAACGUGUUGCCGGGCAAAUACAAAAUGAGCAUUAUCCGUGAAGACUGGUGCUGGAAGAAUAAAUCCAUGGAGCUUGAGGUUUCCGAAGAAGAUGUAUCUGGGAUAGAGUUCCGUCAGACGGGAUACAUGCUGCGCUGCUCCCUUUCCCAUGCCAUUACCCUGGAGUUCUACCAGGAUGGAAACGGGCCUGAGAAUGUGGGAAUUUAUAACCUAUCCAAAGGAGUGAACAGAUUUUGUCUGUCAAAGCCUGGUGUGUAUGAGGUAACUCCCCGUUCCUGCCAUCGCUUCGAACAUGAAUACUACACCUACGACACGUCAGCUCCGAGUAUCCUGACAUUGACUGCGAUUCGGCACCACGUCCUUGGAACAAUUACGGCAGAUAAAUUGAUGGAUGUAAUGGUUACCAUCAAAUCUUCGAUCGACAGCGAGCCGGACUUGGUGCUUGGCCCACUGAAAUCGCAGCAGGAGCUGCGUCGGGAGCAGCAGCUGGCUGAAAUCGAGGCCCGCAGGCAGGAGAGGGAGAAGAAGGGGCCCGAGGAGGAAGGCUCCAAGCCGCCAGUGCAGGAGAUGGUCGAGGAACUGCAGGGGCCGUUCCACUACGAUUUUUCCUACUGGGCCAGGUCUGGGGAGAAAAUCACAGUAACGCCGUCCUCCAAGGAGCUCCUGUUUUACCCGCCCUCCAUAGAAACGGUUGUCAGUGGAGAGAGCUGUCCUGGGAAGCUGAUAGAAAUACAUGGAAAAGCAGGCUUGUUUCUGGAAGGGACAAUUCAUCCCGAACUGGAGGGGGUUGAGAUCAUAAUUGGCGAGAAAGGGACCCCAUCUCCGCUCAUCACUGUUUUCACAGACGACAGAGGUUCCUACAGUGUGGGGCCACUGCACAGCGACCUUGAGUACACCGUGACUGCCCAAAAGGAAGGCUUUGUUUUGAGUGCCGUGGAAGGGACGAUCGGGGACUUCAAAGCUUUUGCUCUUGCUGGAGUCACUUUCGAGAUUAAAUCUGAAGAUGGCCACCCCCUUGCGGGGGUCCUCCUCUCCCUGAGUGGAGGGGUGUUCCGCUCCAACCUCCUGACUCAAGACAACGGCAUGCUGACGUUCUCCAACCUGAGCCCAGGGCAGUAUUACUUCAAGCCCAUGAUGAAGGAGUUUCGCUUCAAACCCUCGUCCCAAAUGAUCGAAGUGCAGGAAGGACAGAAUCUGAAAAUCACCAUUGCUGGUUACAGGACAGCUUACAGCUGUUAUGGAACCGUUUCUUCUUUGAACGGCGAACCCGAGCAAGGCGUUUCGGUGGAAGCUGUGGGACAAGGAGAAUGCAGCAUUUAUGGCGAAGACACCGUCACCGACGAAGAGGGCAAGUUCAGGCUGCGUGGGCUGCUGCCUUCCUGUGUGUAUCACGUCCAGCUGAAACCUGAAGGCAAUGCUCAUAUCGAGAGAGCCCUUCCUCAGCAUUCGGCAAUCAAGGUUAGCAGCAGUGACAUUGAAGGGGUGAAUAUCAUCGCAUUCCGACAAAUUAACCAGUUUGACCUAAGCGGCAACGUGUUCACUUCCUCGGAGUAUAUCCCCACCCUGUGGGCGAAGCUUUACAAAAGCGAAAACCUUGACAACCCGGUUCACACCGUCUCCUUAGGCCAGUCUUCCUUCUUCCAUUUCCCUCCACUGCCCCGGGACGGAGAGAAUUACGUGGUACUUUUGGACUCCACUCUCUCCAAAUCCCAGUAUGACUACACUCCGCCUCAAGUUUCGUUCUCCACCGUCGGGUACCAGAAACACAUUGUGUUGUUUUUCCAGCCUACGAGAAAAAUGACUGAACAGGAUAUCGCUCAGGGAUCUUACAUCGCCUUGCCGUUGACGCUGCUGCUUCUCCUGGCCGGCUACAAUCACGAUAAACUGAUCCCCUUGCUGCUGCAGCUGACCAGCCGCCUCCAGGGGGUGCGUGCGCUCGGGCACGCGGGCUCCGACGGGGGCAGCCCCGAGGACGUGAAGAGGCAAGCCAAAAAACAGAAGACGAGGCGGACGUGAGGCCCGGAGAGGGCCGCCGGCAGUGCCGAGUCGUGGCCUUUUUGACCUGCAGAGCAGCCGGGCAGAACUGACUCCCGGAACUGCGCCAAGGCACCUGUCCGUCUUGGAGCCCCUACGCGGGAGCAGCUCCCCCCGGGCAUGAAUUUGCUGUGGGGUCGCAGGAGUGCCACUGCCAUUUUAUGGGACUGACCCAACUGGGCCUCGCCCUGAACAGCUUCCGUUCGGUGAGCCUUUUUGUCGGAGGACCGUCUUACACUGUUGCUCCUUUCGGUUUUGCAAGAGCACGGAUCAAUAAAGUUUGAUUUUUCCUCCCA